GGAGCCGGUCCUACGCCUCCUGUUCGCAGGCCCCAGCGCGCACCGUUCGGCGGCUCCCGAGGCAGCCUCUCCAGCGGCCAGGGGCGCGUGGGGCUGGGGGUGUGACUCGGGGCCUGGUUGUCCGCACCUGGGGUCUGCAGAGGGUGGGUCGCGGCGGCCUGCGGCGAGAGCAGCUGGAGGAAGCAGCGUUCCCUUUCUCGCCCGCCCGCCGCCUCGCUGCCUCCUCGGCGCUCUCUCGCUCUCCGGACGCCUAAGGUUGGCUGACUGCUCCUCCCACCCGCGCCCGCCUCCUCGCUCGUCUGCUCUCCAGCUCGCCGGAGCUGGUUUCCCAGCCUUGCGGUGCGCCCGGACGAGUGCGGGGCCAGGGCGCCCCCGGGGCAGAGCCGAACAGGGGGGCGGGGGUCAGGGCAGAGAGCAGCCGGCCGGGGAGGGGCCAUGUCUGGCGCGGGCGCAGCGGGCCCCGUCUGCAGCAAGUGACCAAGCGGUGUGGACGGCCGCCUGCCCCCCUCUGCCACCUGGGGCGGCGCGGCCCCUGGUGCCCGGAGCCCGGAGCCCCGAGCCCGGGGUGGCGCGGAGAGCCGGCGCGAUGCACGUGCGCUCGCUGCGAGCUGCGGCGCCGCACAGCUUCGUGGCGCUCUGGGCGCCCCUGUUCCUGCUGCGCUCCGCCCUGGCCGACUUCAGCUUGGACAACGAGGUGCACUCGAGUUUCAUCCACCGGCGCCUCCGCAGCCAGGAGCGGCGCGAGAUGCAGCGGGAGAUUCUCUCCAUCUUGGGCUUGCCGCACCGCCCGCGCCCCCACCUCCAGGGCAAGCACAACUCCGCGCCUAUGUUCAUGCUGGACCUGUACAAUGCCAUGGCGGUGGAAGAGGGCGGCGGGCCCGACGGCCAGGGCUUUUCCUACCCCUACAAGGCCGUAUUCAGCACUCAGGGCCCCCCUCUGGCCAGCCUGCAAGAUAGCCGCUUCCUCACCGACGCCGACAUGGUCAUGAGCUUCGUCAACCUCGUGGAACAUGACAAGGAGUUCUUCCACCCGCGCUACCACCACCGCGAGUUCCGGUUUGAUCUCUCCAAGAUCCCAGAGGGGGAAGCGGUGACGGCCGCUGAGUUCCGGAUCUACAAGGACUACAUCCGGGAGCGCUUCGACAACCAGACGUUCCGCAUCCGUGUGUACCAGGUGCUCCAGGAGCACUUGGGCAGGGAUUCAGACCUCUUCCUGCUCGACAGCCGCACGCUCUGGGCCUCGGAGGAGGGGUGGCUGGUGUUCGACAUCACAGCCACCAGCAACCACUGGGUGGUCAACCCGCGCCACAACCUGGGCCUGCAGCUUUCAGUGGAGACUCUGGAUGGGCAGAGCAUCAACCCCAAGUUGGCAGGCCUGGUCGGGCGGCACGGGCCCCAGAACAAGCAGCCCUUCAUGGUGGCGUUCUUCAAGGCCACGGAGGUCCACUUGCGAAGCAUCCGCUCCACAGGGGGCAAGCAGCGCAGCCAGAACCGCUCCAAGCCACCCAAGAACCAGGAGGCGCUGAGGGUGACCAAUGUGGCGGAAAACAGCAGCAGUGACCAGAGGCAGGCGUGUAAGAAGCAUGAGCUGUAUGUCAGCUUCCGCGACCUGGGCUGGCAGGACUGGAUCAUCGCGCCUGAGGGCUACGCCGCCUACUACUGCGAGGGGGAGUGCGCCUUCCCACUCAACUCCUACAUGAAUGCCACCAACCACGCCAUCGUGCAGACCCUGGUCCACUUCAUCAACCCGGACACAGUGCCCAAGCCCUGCUGCGCGCCCACCCAGCUCAACGCCAUCUCCGUCCUCUACUUUGACGACAGCUCCAAUGUCAUCCUGAAGAAAUACAGAAACAUGGUGGUGCGGGCCUGUGGUUGCCACUAGGCCCCCACACUGCCCCGGGGGGGGGCAGACCUGAGGGGACCGCGUCUUCCCAUUCUCCCAGGGCC